AUGCCGUCUUCGAAAGCGAAAUCUAAUCCGUCUGACGAACGACGCGAUCGGCUCACGCUUGCGAAGUUGGCUAGCUAUGACGACGUUGCGACGGAUGCGCUGGUUGACCGUGCCUAUUUUUGGACGAACACGCGUAAGAACCGGACCAAGUAUAUCCCCAUCCGAGGGAUUGUCGACGACAAUAUCGCCCACAUUCUUCUGCACGAUGUGAUUGUCGCCAAGGACGUCGUGAAAGCCGAACGGGAACUACUGACGAACUCGGGGUUAAAGAAGUACAUGGCCAGGCUUCCCAACGACCGCGAGAAGGAAUGGUUCCGUCGACAUCUACGCAAGUACAUCCAGAUGUACCUCCCCGAAUGUCCGUUCGAGGUUAUGACGACCAAUCGCUACACCAUCACCGAGCACGAGGCCGCAAUCUGUGCGCGGAAGUUCAUCAAACAGGGCGAAGAGAUCAAAUAUCUGGGUGGCACCCUCGUCCCUGUGACACGCGAAGAGGAGAGAGAUCUGGAUUUAAAGAGGAAGGAUUUUAGUAUCGUGAUGUCGAGUCGGCGGAAGACGCCGUCUUUCUUCCUGGGACCUGCUCGGUUCGCGAACCAUGACUGUAAUGCAAACGGGCGUCUGGUGACCCGCGGCUCCGAGGGCAUGUUGGUCGUUGCGACUCGAAAUAUUUACACUGGGGAAGAAAUCACCGUUUCCUACGGGGACGAUUAUUUUGGCAUCGACAAUUGCGAAUGUCUCUGUCUGACGUGCGAACGCGCGGUCCGUAAUGGGUGGGCACCGCAGGUGGACUCGGAAGGGUCGAGCCCAGCGUCGACUCCAGCCUUGCAAGAAGACUCGUUCUCCAUCGACAGCCGUAUUUCUCCCCGGAAGCGUAAACAGGGCCCGGACGCUGAUUCUGAAAUAUCUCCUUGCUCGACUCCUCGUAAGAGAACCAAGUUUAUGCGGCAGAGCUCGAAACUGAGAUCCGAGGUGUCUCUUGUCGAAGUCACCCCUUCUCUGCAAUCAACCUUGGACCUUCCUUCGAACGCGGCUGCAGUAGAAAUGAAAUAUAAUGCUACUAGAAAUGCGGUCGCGCCUGGCGUCAAUGAGGAGGCGACCGUUUCGCCAUCCGGGCCCGCUGCCACUAAUAGUCGCGAGUCGCCUUCGUCCUUAGAGACCGACGGAUCUCAGCGCUCCUCAGCUUCUACAGCCCAGACUUCGGUUUCUGAUGUUAAGAUCAAGGUCGAGGAGACCGUCGACGCCGAUUCGGGUGAGUCUGACUCGACAGCAACGGCCAACACUGGAGCGGCCAUCCCGGGGGAGCCAGACCGAAGGCAGUCACGUCGGGGUAGCGAGCACGACGCAUUAUCCGACCUAUCCGAUUCGCUCGAACUGGACGAAAAACUCGGUAUGGUUGUCGAACGCACGAAGAGAGCCAGGACCUCUCGUAGCCGAUCCGCCGUUGUCCCAUCUGUCGAGGCCGAAUCAAACCGGGCUCGCGUUCCGGGCGAUUACACGAAGACUUCGAAGCUGCUCGCGCAGACCUACGACCGGUGGGUCGACUGCCACACCUGCAACGUUUGGUUCGUCCAGCACAAUUCGUACCUCACUCGCCGAGAGUGUCCCCGGUGUGAGCGCCAUUCCAUGCUGUACGGAUUCCGUUGGCCUAAAACCGAACGCGAGGGUCCAUCGGACGACGAGGAGCGCGUGAUGGACCACCGGACCGUCCAUCGAUUUCUUUAUCCGGAUGAGGAGACUCGCAUCUCGCGCAAAGACCGAGGGGUCAGCUUUGGAAUCACGCCCACGCCGGAGCUGUCCGAGCCUCGUACGGAGACAGAGGACAGCGAAACAUGCGAGGAGCGACGCAACACGCGGGCGAGUCGACGACGGACUCGUUCCCUUCGGAUGACUAUGUAA